AUGCCAUCAGAGACAAUUACUGCCUCCCUGGCACAUCGUUCUCGCGCAAACAUCCAAUGGUUCAUCAACAAGCAUAUGCGACAGGUGUCUCGGCUCAAUGCGAAACAGAACCGAGUCAAUAUGAUGACGGCGGAGAACUGGUCCGUCCGAGACGAGCUCGUCGACCAGUACAAGGCUCUCUUCACCAAACAUCUCUCUCCUCGCCAUCUGUCCUACGCAGACGGCAUGGGUGGUGACGCAGAGCUCCUGCAGGCCGCGUCGGACUUCUUCAACAGGGUGUUUGCCGCGCAUACCCGCGUCGAGCCGGCCCACGUUGUCGUUGGGGCCGGAUGCAGCUCAUUGCUGGAGAAUCUGCUCUAUGACAUCUGCGAGCCGGGGGAGGGAGUAUUAAUCGAAACGCCGUUCUGGGGUGGCUUCGAGACGAGCUUUGUCCUGCGCUCCAACGUCACGGCUGUUCAUGUUACGCCUCCAUCUAACGGCGAUGAAUCUGUAUUCGAGGAUCCAGAUCAUCUCGUGUCGGCGUAUGUUGCGGCGUACGAACGGGCCCUUCGUCAGGCCCCCUGCCGCAUCAAAGCCAUCCUCCUGUGUAACCCCCACAAUCCUUGCGGUCAUAUCUACCCCACCAAAGUAAUCCAGGCAUUGCUCCAAUUCGCCCAACGGCAUGAUCUAUUCUACAUCUCCGAUGAGAUCUACGCCCUCUCCACGCUUGACGAACAAACCCCUUUCACCUCGGUCCUUAGCAUCGAUGUGUCCGCCCUAGGGGUAGAUCUGGCGCGCGUGUUCACGCUAUAUAGUAUCAGUAAAGACCUAGGAAGUAGCGGUUUGCGUCUGGGCUUCGGCAUCACCCAAGCACACCCUGACCUGCGGCUCUCCCUCGCCAUCUCGAACCAUUCCCGCGUCUCGACAUUCACCUCGCUCGUCACCACCGAGCUGCUCCGCGACCCUGCGGCCACUGAUACAAUCCUGCAUCAGAAUCGAGCCGCACUGCAGCGCAGCGCAAAGCUGGUCUGCGACUUUCUCACCUUCCACCAGAUCCCCUUUGUGUCUCCGGCCGCUGGGGUGUAUAUCUGGGCGCGACUGGGGUGCAGAUUAGCAUCACGGCCGGGUGGUGAGCCAAGCUGGGAGGACGAGGCCCGUUUGAAUGAUCUAUUCGAGGCGGCGGGGGUGUCGGUAGGCGCGGGCCAAGGGUAUUGUGCGCGCGAGCCGGGCUGGUUUCGGAUUACUUUUGCGCUUCCGCGUGAGGAGCUCGUGGAAGGGCUGCAGCGGAUCGAAGAGGUGGUUGGAACGGAGGGAAGGAGAUGGACGGUUGAUGGUGUGCAACGAUAG